UGUGUCCUGCGUAGAAUUUUUAAGGCAGAGAAAGGAAAUCGGAAUUAAUAUCAUCGAGGAGCACGUCAGAUUCGACAGACGACUAAAGUGUUCUCGAUUAUCGGCGUUCGGAUUCUCUCUCUCUUUCUCAAAAACCCUAACUCUCUUAGUUUCGAUCGAAAUCGGCAGCGCGCGAGAAUGGCCAAUAGUAAUUUGCCCCGAAGAAUCAUCAAGGAAACUCAACGUCUGCUUAGCGAACCGGCUCCCGGUAUAAGCGCCUCUCCAUCUGAGGAUAAUAUGCGGUAUUUCAACGUUAUGGUUCUUGGUCCUACACAAUCACCUUAUGAAGGAGGAGUUUUCAAGUUGGAGCUCUUUUUGCCUGAAGAAUACCCUAUGGCAGCUCCCAAGGUUAGGUUUCUCACCAAGAUAUACCAUCCUAACAUUGAUAAGCUCGGAAGAAUCUGUCUUGAUAUUCUGAAAGACAAAUGGAGCCCUGCACUACAAAUACGUACAGUGCUCUUAAGUAUUCAAGCUCUUCUGAGUGCACCAAACCCUGAUGAUCCGCUGUCUGAGAACAUCGCUAAGCAUUGGAAGAGUAAUGAGGCAGAAGCUGUGGAGACAGCGAAGGAAUGGACCCGUCUUUACGCAAGCGGGGCAUGAUGGAUUGGAGGGUGAAAAGGUCUCUUUCAUCCAAAUAACAUUACAUCUGAUGAAAUCUAUCCCAAGAUCAAAGUUAUAAGAAAGCUUAUAUUUUGGUGGUUCGUCCCCGUCAUUAUGAUAAAAAUGUGUUUUCGUCACAGGGAGCUGUAAUCUCUCUGAAUGCUUGUAUCAUUACUAAUAGGGUCAAGACUCUGCCCGUAUUUGAAAUUCGUCAAAUUUCGUUGAAUUAAAAGAUCUCCUCUGCUGUGUCUAAC